UGAGGAGUAUAACGAAGGGAGGCCACAGGAGCGGGCGCACAGGGUCCUCGGCCACAGAAGAUUCGGCGAACGCAUUCAAAAUCCAGCCCCCCUCCGAGUCCAGUCCGAUCGCCCCUCUUCGACGAUUCCAAAAACGUCGAGCCGAUCCACCCGCCCGCACCUCGCCGCCGCCGCCGCCGCCCUCCGAAUCCAAAGGAAGCAGCAAGCCCAGCAUCAGCAACAACCCCACCCCCGAAUCUCGCAACGAUCACCACCACCACCGGACCUUCCUUGUUCACCUUCGCCCCCACCCUUGCCCGCACGCCGGCCGUCCAGCUGCCAAACCUUCCCCUUCUCGCCCCGCCACCUCCCCUUCUUUGUCCUUCCCUUCCCUCGCCUCUCCGAUAAGCAACCGGACCGCGCCAGAAUCCUCCGCCAUACGCCCCCACGCCAUGGUGCAAAGGAAGCCGGCGCGUAAGAAGCCCAAGGACCCCGACGCCGUGCCGGCUAGGGGCGGUGGCCCUGGCCCGGGAAGCAGGGGUGGUGCUGGCGGUAGCGGCAUGGCCCCAGCGCCGCUCCCCAACUACAUGAGGGCGACGAGCUGCUCCGGCGCCAAGGCUGGCGCCUCCGGGGCCCCCGCCGCGCCACAGUCGGGGAGAGCGAAGGUGGUGCUGACGGCUGCGGCGGCGGCCGUGCCGCGCGCGGGCAGGGCGACGUGCUCCUCUGCCAUGAAGGGGCCCGGGGCUGACGGGCUGGCGCACGCGUGCCCGUACGCGUACUGCUCCUUCAAGGGCCAUGCCCACGCGCCGCCUCUGGGCACCUUCGUGGCGGAGCGGAGGCGGCUCAUCAAGACGCAGCAGAGCAUGAAGCUCAAGGGCGCCUCACCGUUCCGCAGGCCCGGCGGCGGCGGCGGCUACUUCGUCGAGAUACGCGCCGGGUCCGCCGCGCCGACGGUGACCUCGGAUGUGAGUUGCAGCGAUCUCUCCUCGGAGGAGGUGGGCGCGGUGGUGGGGCAGGCGGAGUACGUCGUGUUCGGUCGCCUGGGCUGCGGUGGCGACGCGGAGGACGCGCCGGAGGGUUUGGAAGCUGCUUCCGUGGACGGUUCUUGCGCGUCCAGUGACGUGAUCUCGGUUGCUUCGGUUGAGCUGUCUUGGAUGACCAAGCAUCUUGGCCGUAAGGCGGAGGAGGAGACCUCGACGGAGGUGGAUCAUGAAACCGAGGACUUCGGUGGCUGCAAGUCUGACAUCUCCGAGGAUCUGGGUGCUAAACAUGGAGGAAACCUCCCUGAAGGUGGCGUCGGCGAUGCUUCAAAGGAAUCGUCAGUCGAUAGCAUUUCCAGCUCGCUCAGUGGGAUAAGCUUUGAAGAUGUUAGCUCUGCUCGUGCCUAUGCAGCAUCCUCUCAGAAAAAGAACAGGUCGAGCAUUGCCAGGAGGAGGAGAACAUCCCAAGAGGGUGUCAAGCAAAUGCGUCCUUUCAAACCCAAGCCUCCGAACUUCCUUCCGGCAGAAACCGGUCCAGAGGCAGAGAAGGUUGAUCUCAAACAUCAGGAGGUUGAUGAUCGGAGGGCCGCUGAGGAGUGGAUGGUUGAUUACGCUAUUCGGAAGGAAGUGAAGAAGUUGGCUCGUGCUCAGAAGAGAAAAGUUGAGAUGCUUGUUCAGGCCUUUGAAUCUGUUCUUCCCACGGUUGCAAAUGAGAAGAAGCAACCCGAGCAACAGGAUAAUGGUGACAAGAGUUCAUUCACUCUUACAUGGCCUUCGCAAGCAUGUAGCUGAUAGAUAGCCUUUUAGAGCUUGUGGUCGUCUGGAACUAAUCAUGAUCUGAACUUCUGAAGAUUCUAAUUCAGCAGUCGCUUCAAUUUAGUGCCAGAGGAUUGCUUACUGCCAUUGUUUUCUUAUCUGAUUCAUAGUUGAGCUACUAGGAGCUCGCUGAGUUGGGUUAGUGGAGGGCCUAGACAUGUACAUAUGUCUCGUGUGCUCAGUUAGUGAUGAGAAACGAGUGUAGGAGACUAGCACACUGGCAAGAAUGUUGAGAUGUGUUCUUUUAGACAGAGAUUAAUAAAGCUCUUAUUAACUGAAUUUCUUUACCGGUUCAGAUGUUGGCCAUAUAAUAACUUCAAUUUCUUUGUCCU